CUUUACACCUGUGGUGUGUUUUCUUGGUUGCCUUGCCUCAGAAACCCUGGCAACACCUUAACGCGUUACAUAUCUACAGAUUUGGUAAAUUAAUUCAAAGGAAUUCAAAAGAACUUAUUCUCAGAUGGGAAUUGCUUAAUAAAAAAAAAUGCACUCCUUAAACUUUAACUUAUUUAUUGUUAGAUAGGCCUACAUGCAGAACCAGUGCCGGCUUAUGUAGUGUAAUGUCAGAACUGGAGGCAGGGAUUCCCUAAUGGACAGAGGGAACAUAGCUGGUGAAAAAAAGUUUAACAUUUAGAAUUCGUCUCGCGACCCUUUCAGGAACUCCCGCGACCCAAAUUUGGUUCGCGACCAAAGGGUUGAGAACCACGGCCCUAAAGCUUAUGUAGUCCCGAGAAGCACAUGUGCAAGUCUGUGCAAGUCCAAAGAUCUGUAAGUUGUAGGUAAGAGGCUAGGUAAUCAGUGACGUUCCUCACGAACUGGUUUUUUCACGUCUGUGUCAAAACUUUUGAAACCGACUAUUUGAAACCAAUGAUUAGAUGCAUUUAGCACAGCGUGUCAAUUAUGAUUAUUACAAAAUUACUACAGUCUUCUGUUCCAUAUUCUAGCCACGUAAACUCUUGCACGGUGCGAAGGAUCUUGAAAAACUUUAGCGCAUACGGUUGCAGGUCACUCCAUGUGGACAGUUCACCUGGUAUUCCCUCAGUCACAAGCAGCUAUGUCCACGGCACGUCCUCCCUGCCCCUGCUACCCCUCACGGUGGGACAGAGUCUGCAGACCGCUGUGGAGAAAUGGCCGGACCGCGAGGCUUUAGUUUUCCUGAAGACCGGCAUUCGGAAAACCUUCAGUCAGUUUCAGGAAGAUGUCGAUCAGGCAGCUGCAGGACUCCUUUCUCUGGGCCUAAAGAGGGGUGACCGGUUGGGUAUUUGGGGGCCCAACACCUAUGAGUGGAUCCUGUUCCAGUUCGCCACAGCCAAAGCUGGGAUCAUCAUGGUGUCAGUGAACCCGGCUUAUCAGGUGAAGGAACUGGAAUUUACACUGGGGAAGGUGCGGUGCAAUGCAGUCCUCUGUCCAACCCAGUUCAAAAACCAGAUGUUCUGUGACAUGCUGCGUCAGAUCUGCCCAGAAUUGGACACAGCAAGCCCAGGAUUCCUCAAGAGCUCCAGGUUGCCGGAUCUGCGUAUGGUGAUCGUGAUGGACAGCCGCCAGCCAGGCAUGCUUCACGUGGAGGACGUGAUGCAGGCGGGGAGCAGCCAACACCACCAGCAGCUCCAGAGUCUCCAAAGCCAGCUGUCCUUCGACGACCCCAUCAACAUUCAGUUCACAUCUGGAACGACAGGCCUCCCAAAAGGAGCCACUCUGAGUCACCAUAACAUUGUGAACAAUGCCUACUUCAUAGGACUUCGCAUGGGCUAUGCCUGGAGGCCUCAAGUGCGUGUCUGUGUCCCGGUCCCCAUGUACCACUGCUUCGGCUCAGUGUUGGGGGGCAUGGUCAUGGCACUGCAUGGUGCCACCCUGGUCUUCCCCUCGCCAGGGUAUGACGGACGGGCAAACCUGGAGGCCAUUCAGAACGAAAGAUGUAAUGUUGUCUAUGGCACUCCCACCAUGUUCAUCGACAUGCUUGGACAGCCAGACCUUCACAAAUACGACCUGUCUUCAGCAGAGGCUGGAAUAGUGGCUGGAUCUUCAUGCCCUCCUGAGAUCGCGAGGAAACUAGUAACCGACAUGGACGUGAAGGAGAUGAUGAUUGGCUAUGGGACUACAGAGAACAGCCCUGUGACAUUUUUAGGCUUUCCACAUGACAACGAGGAACGCAAGAUGGAGACAGUGGGCUGCAUUAUGAACCAUACUGAGGCAAAGAUAGUGGACCCUGCCACAGGGGAGCUGGCUCCUCUGGGGAGCUCGGGGGAGCUGCUGAUUCGGGGAUACUGUGUGAUGCUGGAGUACUGGGAAGACCCGGACAAAACCCAGGAGAGCAUCACCAAGGAAGGCUGGUACAAAACCGGAGACAUUGCCAGCCUGGACAGGUUUGGUUAUUGCCGCAUCGAAGGCCGCAUCAAAGACAUGAUCAUCCGUGGAGGAGAGAACCUCUACCCCGCAGAGAUAGAGCAGUUUCUUCACACCCAUCCUAAAGUCCUGGAAGCCCAGGUGGUGGGGCUGAAGGAUGAGCGUCUCGGGGAGCAGGUGUGCGCCUGUAUUCGUCUGAGGGAGGGGCAACAAUGCACUGCAGAGGAGAUCAAAGCCUACUGCAAAGGCCAGAUUGCCCACUUCAAGGUUCCAUACUAUGUAGAGUUUGUCACAAGCUAUCCACUUACAGCAUCUGGAAAGAUCCAGAAGAACAAACUAAGAGAGGCAAUGGAGAAGCAGCUGGGAUUGUGAUUACUCUCUCCCUCUCUCCCUCUCUCUCACACUCUCUCCCUCUCUCACACACACACACACACACACACUCAACACACACAUGGGACAGAAAGUCUGUUCCUGCAAGUGGGUCUUGGGGGAGCUAAAGCGUGUUUUUUAGGGCAAUGUUCAAAAUCCAUUAUUUAACACAUUCUAAACGGGGUUAUUCUUGGGCUCUUUCUUACUGGGUAGCAUUUAAAGUAACACUAUGUAACAAUUCUACCUUAAAAUAACAGCGUGAAAAAAAUUGUGCCGCUACAAUUACUUUUAAUAUGGAGAAUGGCCUCUCCGCCAUUGCCAUCGGGGGUCUGUAGGGAAAUUAGUGCGGUCUGUAUGAUUUCCGCCCGGUCCUUUGUGUCUGCUCAUGCGCGACUAGGAUCGGUUAGCGAUUUCGAUUCAGAGCUAGCCAUCUUUUUGCUGGAUUAGUAAGUAGUUUAUUUGCUGUCCUGCUUUGUCUG